AUGACCUGGCGAGGCAAAGAUCAGGCAGUUGUUGGCAUUGGGUUGCAGGAAACAACUGUGAGUGAGGAACGAAGGCUAUCGGUUGGAGGGAGUGAGGUGCAAUACAACAACAACAUAAUGCGUUUCCUGAAGCACCAGCUGGACAAAGUGCAGCACUUGCAAAGGCCACCAGCAGCAAGCCUUGAAGACUGUGCAGAAUUUGACGUGCAGGUCGCUAAAGGACGUAGGUUGUUAUCCAAACACACAGAGUUCCCAGACAUCAGGUUCUUCUACACAACCAAGGUUGCCUGCAUGGCAGUGGAAAGGAUAUGCUCAUGCCUGAAAGACAUUCUGGAAGAUUGGCACAUGCAGCAUGCAGUGCGCAUUGAAGACAGGAUACCUUAUACAGAAGUGGUGGAGGAUGAACACAGCUUGCACAAUCUUCUGUCUUACAUCCUGAGAGGCAGGGUCAAUGUCAUGACAGAACAGCGGCGCGCACAGUGGGAGGCCAUCAGAAGUGACCAUUAUCGCAGGAUGGGCGAACUGAUGAUUGAUGAAAGUGAACUCUUUUUAAAUGAGCGGAUUGCUGGUGGCAGUAUGGCAGAUGUGCACAGAGCAGAAUGGCGGUCAGCGAAAGUAGUCGUCAAGAAAAGUGCAAAAGGGGCUGAAUUGUCUGUUGAAAUUCUGGCUGAAUUGAUGAGAGAGGCUUAUGUGCACUCGUCACUGAACCACCCAAACAUUGUCCACCUUCAUGGCCUGACAGCCUCAGGCUGGAUGGUGAUGGAGCAGGCAAACACCAGCUUGUGGCACUGGUGCCACAGCCGUCGAGAAUUGUCUUGGGAUAUAACUCUCAGACUCUUGCAGCAAGCUGCAGAUGGAUUGGACUACAUGCACCGUCACCAGCCUGUGCUGGUUCACUCGGAUGUGAAGCCCAGUAAUUUCCUCAUUUUUGGCACUCAACCAGACAAGCUCUCACUCAAAAUUUCAGACUUUGGGGUGUCAUUUGAGGAGAGAGGUACAAGAAGGAACACUGUCAGGCUUGGCGGUGGAACGCCUGAGUACAUUGCCCCUGAGGUCUCCCUUGACAAACCACUUACACAAUCUUCCGACGUCUUCAGCUUUGGAGUCACUAUGUUUGAGGUUGUCAGCAGACAGCGUCCAUAUGGCGGAAGGGUAGGAAAUCUUCAUGCUCUGUUUAUGAGGAAGAAUCGAGAGGAGUUGCCUUGCCAUUUGACUGUCCGUGACUGCCCUCGAGAAAUGGUGGAAUUGAUGAGGCGAUGUUGUGCUCCUGAGCCCAGCAAUAGGCCGACAAUGGAGGAAGUCAGCCAUCAGCUGCUCCAAAUGCCAUUGAAUUGGGCUCCUGUGGAACUGCCAGAAUCGGCUUCAGGGGGAGUUUCGGAAUGGGCUUCAAAGAAAUUGCCAGAAAACGCAUCAGAGGAAAGAAUCCCAGUUCAAGAGCCCAAGAUGGAGGUGCAGUACAACAACAACAUUAUUCGAUUCCUGAAGCACCAGCUGGACAAAGUGCGGAACCUGCACAAACCUCCGAAUGCAAGUCCUGAGGACUGUGCCAAACUUGACUUUCAGGUGGCCAGUGCGCAUAUGUUGAUUACAAAGCAUGCAAAGCUCCUGGACGUCCAACACCUUUAUACAAGCAGGGUUGCUUGUGAUGAAGUGGAAUCGAUGUGCCGCGAUCUGAAAAACAUCUUGGAAGGUUGGCACAUGCAGGGCAAAGUGGGUAUUCAAGACAGAAUACCUAAUGCAGAAGUGAUGGAGGAUGAGCAGUGUUUGCACAAUCUCUUGAAUUUCAUUCUCAGGGGUAGGGACUGUGACGUGACAGAACAACAACGAGCACAGUGGACGGACAUCAGAAGGGACUAUGAUUGCUGGAAGGGAACACUGAAGAUCAUUAGUGAGAGCGAAGUUCAACUGCUUGAGGAAAUCGGUGCUGGUGGUAUGGGAGUCGUGCGUAAAGCAGAGUGGUUGUCAACAAAAGUAGCUGUCAAGAAAAUUGAACAAGGCUUCGAAUUGCCUGUGGAAAAGCUGGUCGAACUGAUCAGAGAGGGCAGGGUGCAAUCGUCGUUAAUGCACCCAAACAUAGUUCGCUUGCAUGGCAUCACUGCCUCAGGCUGGAUGGUAAUGGAGCUUGCAGACACCAAUUUAUGGAACCUUUGCCACAGCAGGCAAGAAUUGCCUUGGAGUGCAAUUUUAACACUGCUUGUGCAAAGCGCAAAAGCGUUGGACUACCUUCAUUGCCACAAGCCAGUGCUGGUUCAUUCAAAUGUGAAGCCACAGAAUUUUCUCAUAUUUGGAACUCACCCUGGCACACUCUUGCUCAAAGUGUCGGACAUUGGAGUGUCAUUUCAGGAGAGAGGGACAAGAGGGAAUGCUAUCAGGUUUGGUUGUGGGACACCUGAGUACAACGCCCCAGAGACCUUCCUUGACUUACCACUCACGCAAGCAUCAGACGUCUUCAGUUUCGGAGUCGUCAUGUUUGAGGUUGUCAGUGGAAAGCGCCCCUACGGUGGAAGGACUGGAAAUCUUGCUUCUCUUUAUCACAAGAAGAGCUGUGGAGAACCACCAUGUCCUGUUGGGCAUCAGGACUGUCCUCCAGAAAUGGUGCAGUUGAUGAAGUGGUGCUGUGCUGCGGACCCCAGUGGCAGGCCCACAAUGGCAGAGGUCAUCCGUCAGCUGCAGCAGUUGUCACCAGACUGGGUUCCAGCAGAUGAGCCUACAACAGAGGGAACGAUUACAAGGGAGAGAAGAAGAGAAGUGAUCGAAUCGGGAUCAGGUUCUAUCGGCAGGAGCCAACAGUUGGAGCAAGACGCAGCAGCUGUUCCCAAGGAAGAGGAGGAAGAAAUGGCGAGAGGGAAUGCGCCAGAGGAACAAGCGACUGCUAGUCCCAUUGAGGAAGACGCCGAAGACAGGCACAGCCGGAUCAGCAUUAUAGAAGUGCAGCAGCAGUUGAUGGGGCUCCGGUACAACUCAAACAUCCUGCAAUUUCUGAAGGAUCAGAUGGAGAACGCCCGGGGUCUGGCCCUGUUGGAUAGUUUGUCAGAGAAAGCGUCACAGCAACUGGAUAUUGCACUGAAGCAGGGAGAUCGUCUCAUCAGGAAGCACUCAGACUUGUUCGACGUCAAGCGCUUCUAUAAAAUCGAAGAUGCUGCAGAGGCUGUGCUGCAAGUGUGUGGGAGGAUGCGUGAUGCCCUUGUGGCACAUAAGUCUCAGAUUGCAUACGCAGUGCCGCAAGAUUGCAUUGACAAGGAUAGGCGACAUUUGUACGCACACCUUGGCUACGUUCUCAUGGGCAAGCAUCUUGGGCAAGAAUUUGAAAAUGAGGUGCACUUUUGGGACGAGUGGCAGUCGCUCAGGAGGUGGCACGAGGUUCAGAUGAGAGACCUGAAUGUGAUUGUCGACAGUGACGUCUCUGUGGGGCAGGGGACUGGUCAAGGUGGCUACGGCGAGGUGUUUGCAGGCCAGUGGAGACAUGUGAAGGUCGCUGUCAAGAAAGUGAAGUUAGUUGAUGCCAGGGUUGAACUGCCCAUGGAAAAUUUUGCGGAGGUUUUCAAGGAGGCGUCCACUCUUGCAUCUCUCAACCACCCCCACAUUGUUCGAUUGUAUGGGAUUACUAAAUCUGGGUGGAUGAUCAUGGAGCUGGCUGAUGGGGACUUGAGCACUCUGUGGGCUGAUACAAAGUUGACUUGGACCACGAUACUCGACGUUCUGGAGCAGGCAGCGGCUGGGCUGGAGUAUGUACAUCGCAAGCAACCUCCCUUGGUUCAUGGCGACAUCAAGGACAAGAACUUUCUUUACAUAAAGAAUGGCGACGGAAAGUAUGUCGUCAAACUUGCCGACUUCGGGCUUACAACAGAGGUGCGCAACUGGCAGACAGACACUAUGAGGAAGCCAGCAGUGACACCCGUGUGGAUGGCGCCAGAACUUUACGCUGGCGAGAAGCCCUCCCUCAAGUCUGACGUUUUCAGCUUCGGCCUCGUCAUGUACUCAGUUGUCACCGGAUGCGUGCCGUAUGGAUUUGGAACGAACGAUCUUGUUAUAAUGAGUAAAAAGCUUUCCAGCGAGCUGCCCUGCUCAGUUACAGAAUGUGGCGCCCCUAGUCAGCUGAUUGAUCUGAUGAAGCGGUGUGUUUCAUUGGACCCUCGGAACAGGCCUGGCAUGGGCGAGGUUGCUGAUUGCCUUGCAAAGCUGGCGGAAAAAUGA